GUCGAGCAAUAUAGAAGGGCUGAAAACCACUUUCCAGUGUCUCUUUGAAUUGGCAUGAAGCCGAGGAGUGAAGAUGACCACCUCUGCACAGCCUGAUGAGCCUUAUACGUACCGGCGCGGGUUGGAGGACGUCAAUCAGACCAUUACGGUUGCAGGUGCCUUGAUCACUCUAGUGAGAGAGCCAAUUGCAGCUAUUUUGGAGCAUACGGCAAAAAAUAAAGUGCUGAAGGAAAGCUUGGGCGAGUGGACUGGCGAGGCUUUCAAGGUGAAAGGCUGCGGCAUUCCGUUUCUCGAGGCUGAGGCUUUCAAAGCCCAUCUGGUCCAACACGACGGUGUCUUCACACCCACUGGAGACUGUACUGCAACUGCCGGAUGGCCACACUUGCUUCACGCACUGAGCAUCCGGCCGGGACUGGACAUCCUCGACUGGAGACCCGCCACCGAUGGUCAAGUCCCGUUGCGAAAUGGGGGAAUGGCCAUGGAAGUCGCUGGCGAGGUCAUCUGCCACAUCAUCAACAUCUACCGAGAGCAAGAGGAGCCAACGCAUGUCGUCAAGGUCCUAAAGCGGUGCGCCGACUCGAAAGAGUGCGUCCUCCCAUUCGGAAAACUGGCUUGGACCGAAGUCGACGGCAAGACGGUAGCGACGUUCACAGCCAAAGGAAAGAAGCAGACAAUGAGCCCGAGAGUACCGUUUGGAAGUCUCGGGCAGCAUCUUGACAAGGGCACGGUGUGGGCAACCUAUUCCAACGUGCUAGAGCAUGGCAUAUCGGACACGAAGCUUGCGUGGCCGAAGCCGGGGACAUCGAAGGACAAGCGCGACCAGAUGGAACUCCUGGUCUCAAACAUGAUCAAGAUACAGAACCCGACGAAGCCGCUGCUGCUGACGUACAGGUGGCUCAAAAAAGCCAGCGUCCUCAAGAGCAAGUUCCUCUCCCGAAACGACGAGGACAAAUCGUUCUUGAACGACAUCAUCGCCACCGUUGAAGCGGCCCCGGAGCUUGACGGGAUCCACAAACGUGGUUUGAAAGAGCGCAUCACCAGGUAUUUCAUGUUUGAGAAGGACUUUCAGUGUGGAAUUGGAGAGAGCGACUUCACCGACCCGUCGUAUCCGGUCAGUCCCCAGGUCCUGGUGCAAAGGACGCUGGACGGCUACAGCGGUCUCCCGGCCGAUAACUGGAAACGUGAGCUCCACGAUCUAGGCGCGCAGGUCAAGAAGGUGCUGUUCUUGGAGCCAAUCGUCAUACUGGGUGGCAUGGUGCGUGUUCUGGAUUUUGGCACGAUCGACGAUAUGUGGGGCAAGACUGUGCAACUUUGAUGAAUUGAAUGAAACUGUUUGUG